UUUUUUGCUCUUGAACUUCUCCGCUCUCUUCUCCCGUGUGUACGCGCUCCCGUCAGCUGCCUCGGCCGCGUGAACGCGCGCGUGCAUGUUGCAGCUCCUGCAGCUGCAGCUGAGCUCAGUCAGAGGUGGAGGAGCUGCAGACUGACUUUGAGGCACAACACUUGAUUCCAGCAGGACUCUCUCUCACAGACACACGCACACACAGAGAGACUUUAUCAGAGAGAAGAUGACGAUGUGGCUGCUGCCCCUGAUUCUCAUCCCUUUACUGCACAGUCCUGUUUGUCUGUCAGUGACUGUGAGCAGCACCACACCUACAGUAGAGGUUCACGAGCACACAGAUGCCACUCUGACAUGUGAGUUUAAGACUGAGAAGGACCAGAACCCUCGGAUUGAGUGGAAGAAGAAAGGAAAGGGAGUGACGUUUGUCUACUUCAAUCACAAAUUUACUGGUCCUUAUGUGGGACGGGCCAAGAUAGACGGAGCGACACUGACGAUACAUUCAGUGACUCAGAAAGACUCCGGAGAAUAUCGCUGUGAGGUCACCGCCAGUGAAGACCAUGUCAACCUGGGGGAGACCACUGUCACACUAGAUGUGCUGGUGCCUCCACAUGUACCGUCCUGUGAGGUACCCAGCUCUGUGUUCGUGGGCUCAGACCUGGAGCUUCUCUGUAAGGACAAGCUGAGCAUCCCUCCUGCCACCUACCGCUGGUACAAGGACAACAAGGCUCUGAUGGCCUCAGCAGACGCUGCGUUCAGCAUCGACACCAACAAGGGGAUACUGAAGUUUAAUAGUGUGUCUAAAAUAGACACGGGGAUGUACCGCUGUGAGUCCUCCAACAGUGCGGGGGCGCCCAAGAGUUGUGUUGCCCAACAGCUAAAGGUCGUUGACUAUCCUGUCAACACGACUGUUUUAAUUGUCUCUGCUGCAGCUUUUUCAGCACUCGUCCUGUUCUGUUGCAUCUGCCUAUGUGUGUGUCGACGCCAAAGCUGCUGUAGAAAAGAGAAAGACCCUAAAAGCAUCAAGUGCUACAACCCUGCACCCCCUCCUCCUCCUCCCACCCGUAACAUCAAACACUACAAACAAACUCAGUCCUUCAUGAUCUGAGGGAGGAAGGAAGGUCACUCUGAACUUACCCGCCCAAAGAUCUCCAUUGUACACUAAAGCUGUGUUUUCGCCUCAUUGGACAAGAAACUUUCAAGUACUAGGAAACAUGUUCACACAGCAGUGGAUGUCUAUUUGUCCCGUGUUUUGCAAUUCACAUUUUUAACACAUGGGGCAGUGGAAUUAAAUAGUUAAACAUUAGAAUUAUUGCGAUUGCUUCUUUGACCCCAGAAUGGUCCCAGAAGGAAGGGACGAUCAGGGUGGAGAGCAGAGGAGCAUUUGUUCUGCCUUUCAUGCUUUGACGAGCAAAGAAAAAUUAUAUGCAAUAAAUAAAUAAUAGUUUUCUGACCAAUUAAGUGAAAUUUUCCACAGCACACCUGACGAUCUCUCAUGGGUGUGCCACAGCAGUGGUUGGGAAUCACUGCUCUAGUGUGUGACUAUGGUGCCACCAACUCAACUCUACACCUCUCUUAACAUUACCCCCCACCCCCCAAAAACAAACAAACAAACAAACAAAAACAAACAAAUAAUGCACUUGAGUCCAAACACUUCCUUGUUAAUUAUAUAUCAUCGCAAUAAUUCUGUAAGAAAUAUUUAAUUUUUCUUUUUUUUUUACACAUUUAUAUGCGUUUAGUAGAUGCUUUUAUCCAAAGCGACUUACAAGUGGGGAAGUUGUUGUUUAACACUUCCUCUGGACUAUCAAAAUAUAUCCAAGGAGUUUAAAGAUCCGACCAGAGAAAUGAUUGACUGCAAUGUGAGCUCCACCUGUAUUGAUAGCAUCCUAUCAAUCUGGUUAGCCACCUAACCAGCAUCCUAAAGCCAGUUAGGUCGCUAACCAUACCUUAAGAUGUCAAACCAAAGAUCUUCAUAACACACUUGCUGCCUCCAAAGGAAGAGAUUUUUAAACCUCACCUUCACAUUGCUGUAAAUGAACUAUCAACUAUCUAUAAAUGUUGUAAUAUAUUUCCUCAUAUUCCUCUUUGUGUGCACUGACAUGUGGUUGUUUAGUUAAUUUUUCACUUUUGUUUCUCAUGUUAUAAAGGCACGCUGUUGUCACUAUACACAAUCAUUAUGGUAAAGAAUGUAAAUUUACUGCAUCACCAAUAAAUGUCUUUUCAUAUACAGUAGAUAUAGUAGACUGUUUUGAGGUAGAGUUUUUGUUCCAUUGUUGCUAUAUAUUUUUUUAGACCUGUGUGUGUGUUUGUCAUGGUUUAUAUCAUCAUGUUAUGUUUUUUGUGUUGUAUUAUUUGAUAUGUUUGUAUGACGUGAACUGAGUGAACAGGUGUCUGCACACACUGAAAGAUGCUUUAAAGACUUUUAAACAUAUUUGUUGCUGAGUCUGUUUCAUAAUAAUAAUAAAAACAUAUGGAAAACUGUGUGUAUUUCCUUUUCCCCUUUUUUACCGUCACGUGAGUUAAAGGAAAAAAACUGACAAAAUCAUAGUUGGCCUGAGUGGCGCUGUAGGGGCUCGGGGGUGAUUAAAAGACAUAAAAAGUGCCCACUGAUUGGUCCAGGUUUGGCGGCAGGAAGUGUUUUGUUUUUGACGGAAGGCUGGCUCUAUAUUUGGAGUUCUUGGCUCAACUUUGCACCUUUUGUUGGUAAAAAAAAUAAUUAAACGUAGGGGCAUGUCCAAAUUCAUAUUAUGGGAUAAGUUCACGGGGGACCGAGCAAAAAAAUCCCGCCGAAGGCCACGGCGCGUCAUCAUUUAAGAACCAAACACCUCUGAGUUCUCCACAAGGAACAGAGGAGUGGGGAAAAAACUGGAGGGAGAGGUUGAGAGGAAAACGGAUGGAGACACAGAGGGAUCCUUAUGCAGUGCAGCAGGACGUCGGCAUCAACAUCAACAUCAACAUCAGCAACA